CAGAAUGAUCAUCAGUCAUUGUCAUACACAGAUGUGGCUGUUGGUUGUAGCAGUAGCAGUAUCACUGGGGGUGUCAGGGUCAGAGACCUCACACCGAUCCGAGGCCCAGUCCCAGACCCUCCAGGCCCUCCACUGUCCGCCCUGUGAGAGGAUCCACUGCACCCACCGCCGGGCCCUGAAGCUCCAGUGUAAAGGUGGCCUGACCACUGGGGUCUGUGGCUGCUGCCCAGCCUGUGCCAGGACAGCUGGGGAGAGCUGUGGUGGGACCUGGGACUACCUGGGCAAGUGUGACGAGGGGCUGGUGUGUGUCUACCAGGAGUCUGUCUCGGCUGCUGAGGGAAUACCAGACGUAGAGGAACGUAAAGGUAUCUGUAAAGCAGUGCUGGAGACCCUGGAUGUGGAGUCCUGUCGCCCAGAAUGCACCUGGGAGUACUGUCAGGCCAAUCCUAAUGAGGUGUGCUCUGCCAGGUCAGUGUCCCUGGAGAAGCAGGAGUGUCAUGGUACCUGCCAGCACACGUCAUGCUCCAGCUGUCUGGUCUUGAGACCCCCAUCCUCAGCCUCCUGCCCACAGACCUGUGCCCCCUCAGACCCCACCUGCCUGCACCGCUUUGGGAGGUGUGUUCACAACCACCUGGCCGAGCCCCACCGUCACCACCACCACCCCAUCUGCCACCACAACCUACAGAGUAAUGCGGAGGGGUAUCUUGUGUGCUUGGUGCCUGGAUGUCUGAACUGAUGCUUUGAGAAGAAACUCCUGACUAAAAUGUUCACUGAUACAGUGUGUUACAGAUACUGAAUGGCAGCUAUUUUCAAAUACAUUAUUUGAAUAACUUGACAAUAAUAUUUUUUUUUGUGUUAUAUACAAUGCCUGUGUACAUUUUUCAAUGUAAUAAAUUGACUGCAUCUUGAA